CUUGUGCUGAAUCCCAAGCCAGUAGAGCACCUUUGCUAAUAGACUGAGGUUAGUUUUACACUUUGGUACAUACUGAAAUUUGUAACUUCAGUUUUUACUAUUAUUUUUAAAGGGCAUACGCGUUUGUAUCCUAAAUCAGACAUUUUUGGUGUUGGAUUAUCAGUUUGUGGGGCUUAAAAGGUUUAUUGGGAUGUCUGGAUCAGGGAGAACUCCAGGACAGUGAAGCUGACAGAUGUGAUAAUGGACAUUUUUUGUUGAGAAGCAGAGCUUGUGUUCUUUAUUGUCAUCUUUCGCGAUGGGUCAGCGACUCAGUGAGGAUUCGGACGAUAAAGAGAUUGAUGUUGCUGAACUGCAGGAGUGGUAUAAAAAGUUUGUGGUUGAAUGUCCGAGCGGGACCCUCUUCAUGCAUGAGUUCAAGAGCUUCUUUGGUGUAACUGGAAACCCAGAAGCGGCCGAUUAUAUAGAAAACAUGUUUCGUGCUUUUGAUAAAAAUGGGGACAACACUAUUGAUUUUCUGGAGUACGUUGCAGCCUUGAAUCUAGUGCUGCGAGGAAAGUUGGAGCACAAACUGAAAUGGACUUUUAAAAUGUAUGACAAGGAUGGGAGUGGCUGCAUCGACAAAACAGAGCUCAAGGAGAUUGUGGAGUCAAUCUACCGACUAAAGAAAGCCUGCCAUGGUGAACUUGAUGAAGAGUGUAACCUACUGACCCCAGAUCAGGUGGUGGACCGAAUAUUUGAGCUAGUGGAUGAGAAUGGAGAUGGGGAGUUGUCUCUGGAUGAGUUCAUUGACGGGGCACGACGUGACAAGUGGGUCAUGAAGAUGCUGCAAAUGGACGUGAACCCCGGGGACUGGAUCAAUGAACAGAGACGCCGCAGCGCCAACUUCUGAACUCCAUAUUCACUAAAACAACCCUUAACAGAAGCCUACCCCUUAACCAACAUAUACAGAGCAUGCAUAGUUUCUCAACUACAGUCUUUUAGUCUUGGUUCAUUCAAUUGAAUUUAAGCCAUCAGUCUUUUUUUUUUAAUGUAGUGGUGUAACUCCCAUUUAUUUUUUUGACAAACAGAAUUAAUUCUAUCUACAUGUAAAUAUUCAUGUUUUCUUUAUUGUUUCUUUCAUUCUUGUUGUUAGGAUUUGUAAAAGGCUCACUUUCAUGACUGACUGGAUUUCUGACUUCCUGUUAUUAUUAUUCUGCAGAUGAGGUGCAUUUGAGUUUACUGUAUGUGGCAUAUUACUCAACUUAUAAACAACAGCAAUCCAUUUCAAAUUGGCAUAUCUGAUGUUUGUAAAUACAUGAAUAUCGUAAAGAAUGAAGUCCCUGGAAGGUCUCAAUUAUAAAGUUAUU